AUGGAGUCUUUCUCCAUGUUGGCGGACGUAGCCCGGGAUCAUGAAAUUGAGAUGUCAAGGGUUGAUGAAGGUGUGUUGAAAAGAAGGUAUGAAGAUGUGAAUUCUCCAAACAAGCGGUCUAGACAAGAUAGUGGUUCCGGGAACCACUCAAACAGAAGAAAUGUCCCUUUUUGUCGUCAAUGCAAGAAAAAUCAUUCUGGAGUAUGUAGGGCGGCGGACAAGGGUUGUUAUACUUGUGGGAAGUCGGGGCACACUAGUCGGGAAUGUAGGUCUAAACCUCAAAAACCCCUUAUAUGCUUCAAGUGCUUUGAGGAGGGUCAUAUGAGAAGCUCGUGCCCUAAGUUGACCGAGGAGGAGAGGCUAGAAGAGAGAAGUCGGGAGGUGGAGAGAAAGAACUCCCAAGUUCAUGGAAACCCACGUGGAAGAUCUUUUCAACUCACGGUGGAACAAGCAAGAGACUCGGAUGAUGUCGUCACAGGUACAUUCCUUGUAUAUAAUGUGCCUAUGCGAAUUCUCUUUGAUUCAGGGGCGAAUAGAUCAUUUGUUGCAACUAGAGUAAUUCAUGUUAUUCCCGUGUCUAAGUCAUGUCUAGAAAACACUUUGCAAGUUGAGGUUGGUAAUGGUAGGAUAGAAUUAGUGAAGGAUGUGUAUGAAGGGUGUGAGAUCAAAAUUUCGUCAGAACUUUUUCAAGCUAAUCUAAUUCCUUUCCCAAUGGGAGAGUUUGACAUAAUUUUGGGGAUGGAUUGGUUGAGCUCUUGCAACACCAAGAUCGCGUGUGAUGAAAAAGCGGUAUAUUUGAAGACCUCUAAGGGCGAAGAUUUGGUAGUUUAUGGUGAUAGGAAAGAACGUUCAAUACACGUGUGCACUUUUGCUCGUGCCAAGCGUUACAUAUCGCAUUGGUGCCAUGCUUACCUUGCUCACAUCGUUGAUGUUGAGAAGAAACCCUCGUCUAUCCAAGACAUUCCUGUUGUUAAUGAGUUCGCCGAUGUUUUUCCCGAAGACUUGUCGGGCAUUCCUCCUGAACGGCAAGUUGAGUUUUCUAUUGAUCUCAUUCCGGGGGCUAACCCCAAUGCUAAGGCUCCUUACCGUUUGGCUCCAACAUAA